UGUUUAUGAUAUGGACGAAAAUACUCAGUGUCUGUUGAUUAGUGGUACGGUGAGGUCACGCGUCGUCUUCGGUGCCUGAAAUUACUAGCACUGCCAUAAGGAUCUAACUUGACCUGACCUACUCUAACAAUCCUAGCCCAUUGAGAGAACUCGUUAAAGCACUCAAGUAACACUAUAGAAAACAGUGUUACCAGAUCAAGAGGAGAAGAGGAAUGACCUUUUGUGAACUAGAUGGCUGGUAAAGCAUUCAAGUCAAUUGUUAAGAGAAUGAAGCCUCGGGAGAAGCAAGAUCAGGGAGCGGACCUCUUCAGUAGCAGCCAAGGAGUGUUUGAGGAAGUACAACUGAGGCAACACAGCAGAAGGCACUGUAGUGAAGAUGCCAAACGCUUCACUGUGAACUUAGGUGUUGAAGAUCUCUCUGCUGUACCCCGGCCGGAGUCCAUGGCAAGAUUCUACACUGACGAUGAUCUUGGUGUGAUAUCUAGGAGGCGAAGUAGCUUACGUCUUGGGUCUACUUCUGAUAAUGAGGAAGAUCUUACACCUUUCCUCCUGAGGGAAUACCUACGUAAAGAAAAUGCUGAGAGGUAUGGGAGUAGUGAGGAUAUGAAGGCUGGUACCCGUAGACAAGAUAAGGAGAAUAAACUCUGGGAGAGAAAAAAAUCCCUAAUUGUUUUACCUGAAGAGGGAAACUUGAAGGAGGGUCAUGAAGAAGACAGCAUGAGAGGUUUAAUACAGAGAACGAGAGAUGGGUUGUACCUCUCACUACCUCACACGGAGAAGUGUUUGAUGAGUGAUCCAGUUUGCAUGGGGUUCGGUGUGGUCGAAGAGCUGUACCCCUCCGCCCCUCUCACUCGACUUGAAAGCAAACGUCAGGAUAUGAGGUUAAGUUUGACCACCACACACAACCUCGUGGGGAGUGGGAUAGAGGGCGUGCCUACCUCUACUGACCUCACACGGGCCUUGGUGGAGGGUGGGAUAGAGGGAGUGCCUACCUCUAUAGACCUCACACCCGUGGCACCACCUAGGAGGAAGAGAGAUGCCAGGAAGAGAGCCAUGAAUUGGAACAGUGACUCAGGUUCAUCUUCAACGCCAGGCACUCCCCAGAGCUUCACCAUGUCAACGCCUGGCACUCCUCAGAGCCUCGUCAUGUCAACGCCAGGCACUCCUCAGAGCCUCGUCAUGUCAACGCCAGGCACUCCUCAGAGCCUCGCCACGUCAACGCCAGGCACUCCUCAGAGCCUCGUCAUGUCAACGCAGGCACUCCUCAGAGCCUCGCCAUGUCAACGCCAGGCACUCCUCAGAGCCUCGCCAUGUCAACGCCAGGCACUCCUCAGAGCCUCGCCAUGUCAACGCCAGGCACUCCUCAGAGCCUCGUCAUGUCAACGCCAGGCACUCCUCAGAGCCUCGCCAUGUCAACGCCAGGCACUCUCAGAGCCUCGUCAUGUCAACGCCAGGCACUCCUCAGAGCCUCGCCAUGUCAACGCCAGGCACUCCUCAGAGCCUCGUCAUGUCAACGCCAGGCACUCCUCAGAGCCUCGUCAUGUCAACGCCAGGCACUCCUCAGAGCCUCAAAGUAUCACUGCGCACUCCACGACCUCCUCCUCUCCGUCAUGACCUCUCUACUUUAGAUAGCGAGGCCAACAAACUCAAUAAAUACUGUUCCUCAGACACCCUUAUCUCCCCUUACACCAGAUACCCCCCUUGAUACUCCCCUUACACCAGAUACCCCUCAUACUCCAAGCACACCAGGUAGCGCCUCAUCCAACAGUUCCUUUCUCUUACCACCGAUCACCGUGACAGAGGGCUAAGAGAUCCCUGACCCUAGACGAUAGACGCACAGCUAAACGCAAAUAAGGAAACCGAAGAUACGUCACCUGUCCACAAACGUCGUAGUAUAGAAGACGUUAUCCAAUCACGUCAUCGUAGAGAAUUCCGACGGAGUAUUAGCGAAUUAGGUGACGUAACUACCAAAGACGUCACUAACAAGGCCAGACGUACGAAUAGUGAUGCCGACGUUAAACAAGACAAGGAGACGAUGUCGUUUAGGGAGAAAUUCUUUAGGAGUAGUGUCAAGGGGAAGACCUCACUCAGUCUUCCCAGUAGAACCAUGCAAAGGAUUAGGAGUGUUAGAAGAUCCGGAAGGAGACGCAAGGAGCAAGAAGGAGGUGGUGGAGCAUCGAAUUCUGACGGGGAAGAAGGUGAGUUUGUCUGUCUGUCUGU